UAUAUAACCAAAAAAAAAAAAAAAAAGACGAUGGCUUACACUUCAUAGAAUUGAUAGCUUGUGAAGACAACACAAGCAACAAUGAUGUCCCCUGAUCCAAAUUUCCUUCAUUCCACCCUUGGCUUAUCCCAGAUUCCCAGAUGGAACAUCUUCUUCCCCUGCAACUCCACCAAAUCCCAAACCCACCAUUUUUCCUCCCUCACCCAUUCGGGUCGCUCCGAAAUCUUCCGGGUUUCCGGCCCGGAAACCCGGUCCCAAGUCGGGUUUCCGUUCGCAAAACGGGUUGGGUCUUCGACAUCCAUUCUCCCCAGCGGAAGCUGGUGGGCCUUGCCGGAGCUCCGGGAAGACGGCGCGGAGCCGACGGCGGCGAUGCUCGCUCUCCGGCGAAUGUGGGAGUUGGUCGCCGAUGAGAGACUGGUCGCGUUUGUGGCGGCUGGGUCCCUUGUAAUCGCUGCUCUUUCAGAAAUCACCAUGCCGAGUAUAUUGGCUGCAUCAAUAUUUUCGGCACAGAGUGGUGAGACUGUGGCAUUCUCUAGGAAUGCACUGUUUUUGCUUGUUCUGUGUUUAACUUCAGGGAUAUGCAGUGGUCUGCGAAGCGGCUGCUUUGGAAUUUUGAAUGUAACCUUGGUAAAGCGUCUACGAGAAAACUUAUAUACAGCAAUUCUUUUUCAGGACAUCUCCUAUUUUGAUAAAGAAAGAGUUGGUGACUUGACAAGCAGACUUGCAGCAGAUUGUCAACGACUAUCCCAUGUUAUAGGAAAUGAUCUUCAGCUGAUAUUACGCAACUCUUGUCAGGGAACUGGAGCAAUAAUUAAUUUGAUGGCUUUAUCUUGGCCUCUGGCAUUAUCUGCCUUGGUGAUUUGUUCUAUUUUAUCUGCAAUUUUCCUGGUUUAUGGCCAGUAUCAAAGAAAGGCAGCAAAGUUAAUCCAAGAUUUCACAGCUUGUGCCAAUGACGUUGCUCAGGAGACACUUUCUUCAAUAAGAAUUGUCCGAGCUUAUGGAACAGGGAAAAAAGAAUUUGGAAGGUACAAGCAAUUGCUACAGAGCUUAGCAUUUAUAAACGUUCGAGAGAGUGUGGCUUCUGGGUUCUGGAACCUGAUCUUUAACACCUUAUACCGUUCAACUCAGAUAUUUGCAGUGGUGUUAGUAGGUAUGUCUGUUCUCAGAUGUCACGUAACUGUGGAACAACUUACCAAGUAUGUACUAUACUGCGAGUGGUUGAUUUAUGCUACUUGGAGGGUGACAAACAGCUUAACAUCAUUACUGCAGUCCAUUGGAGCAUCUGAACAAAUUUUCCAACUGAUGAAUCUUUUGCCCAGUGACCAAUUCUUAGCCAAAGGAGUGAAGUUGGAGAGGUUAGUGGGGCAUAUUCAGUUUGCAAAUGUAUCAUUUCAUUAUCCUGCAAGGAGUAUGAUGCCAGUUCUAGAAUGCUUGAAAUUCUCCAUAGAAGCAAAUCAAGUCAUUGCCAUUGUUGGUCUGAGUGGUAGUGGAAAGAGCACAUUACUUAACCUUCUACUUCGUCUCUAUGAGCCUAGUAGUGGUCAGAUAUAUAUCGAUGGGUUUCCUCUUAACGAAUUGGAUAUCAGGUGGCUGCGGGAGCACAUUGGAUAUGUUGCACAGGAACCCCAUCUCUUUCACAUGGACAUCAAGUCAAACAUAAAGUAUGGUUGCCCCACGAACAUAAAACAAGCAGAUAUUGAACGAGCAGCGAAAAAGGCCAAUGCCCAUGACUUUAUUUCUUCACUUCCUAAUGGAUAUGAAACCCUUGUUGAUGACAAUGCACUUAGUGGUGGACAAAAGCAGCGAAUUGCUAUCGCCAGAGCCAUUCUUAGGGACCCUGUUAUUAUGAUACUUGAUGAAGCAACCAGUGCUCUAGAUUCCGAGAGUGAGCAUUAUAUCAAGGAGGUGCUGUAUGCAUUAAAAGAUGAAUCUAAAACGAGAACCAUCAUUAUCAUAGCACAUAGGCUUUCUACUAUAAAAGCUGCCGAUAAGAUCUUUGUUAUGGAUGAUGGUCGCAUCAUUGAGAUGGGAGAUCAUGAAGAGCUUAUGCGCAACGAUGGACUUUAUGCAAAAUUAACUAAAAUUCAAGCAGAUAUUUUGACUUGAUAAAGAGGACUUUGCAAUUUAAAGUUAACGAGUGGAAGACUGGAAGCCAAAUGUUGAAGCAGAAGUGCUAGGAAUACUCUAUUUCUCUUAUUGUUGAAAUUUAUUUAAUGACUAUCUUUUUUUAUUUUGUAGUUUUUAAUUAAUUUUAACCAAUAAAAGAGUGUGUGUUUAAAGGAUUGUGAUUGAGUCUAUUUCUAGCACUCUUUGUGUCGAAGAAAACACAAACACUUAACUUCUACAAGUAGACGUGGUAAUGAGAUUCGCACUUGUGGACACCUGCCUGAAUUCACCCCGACUUUAACAGGAAAAAA